AUGGUUAUUCAUCUAUUGAGCACAUCCGAAUCAGAAUUCACAUCAAAUGUCCAUGGAGCUGUGGUUUCGACUCGUCCUUGUUCUAGAACUAGUGUUUCUGCAGUUGCAGCAUCCGAUGGCGCUGAGUCAGAUGUUUCUGUUAGUCUUUGGAAUGCAAAUGGGACGGGUUUCGUAAGUUCUUUGAAUCGAGUUACAUCCACCACUCGUUCGCUUCCACCUGUUGAAACUCGAAGAAAGAAUACCUUUAAACGAGGAAUUAUAUCGCACCGUCCACUUACUACAAUGAAGAGCAGUCCGCAACUUCUGAAACAUUCUGCUGAAGAAGAUUGGAACAUUCAUACCUCAAUAGAAACCAAUAAUUCCCUCCACAUGGAUAAACGUAGAAAGAAAUUAGAAGAAUGUUUUAUACAAAACCCGGCUGUCUAUACUACAGCUGAAGAUAGUUUAGGAAUCCGAUCUUUGCGUAGUUCGUAUAAUUUGUACCGCAGUAUCAUCUCCUGUUGA